AUGUUUACCACGAGCAAGAAGAUCCUAAAGGAUAAGGGUGCAGAACCGACUGAGUUGGAAGACACUGUGGCUCAGGCAUUCUUUGAUCUGGAGAAUGCGAACCAGGAGUUGAAGAGUGACUUGAAGGAUCUUUACAUUAAUUCAGCAGUGCAAAUCGAUAUGCCUGGCAAUAGGAAAGCUGUUGUUAUUCACAUUCCAUACAGGCUGCGAAAAGCCUACAAAAAGAUUCAUGUUAGGCUGGUUAGAGAACUGGAAAAGAAGUUCAGUGGGAAGGAGAAAUUGCUGGGUUUGCAAGCUGGGUAUGCAGAAAAAGAACCAGGGAGAAAUUGCCGGGCAACUGCCCAAUCAUCAAUUCCCACAUUUCAUAACCAGUGGUAA